ACGACGUGAUGGGGUCUAAGAUAAGCAAGGUACCCAAGGCAGGGUUGAGACCGAUGAAGAACUUGAACGUGGAAGCCAGGGCACACCGACUUAUUGAUGUGGACAAACCUAAACCCGCGCCGCAAUACCCUAGCACCAAGGAAGAGAUAGCAAGAGUACAGAAACUCCAUCCAGAAAUUGUAAAACAGCAGCAGACCAAAGAUGUCAGACUAGAUGAUUUCCUCAAGCAAGUCAGGGUUGAGUCACAUGACCCAGUACCCAAGACCACUGAAGGCGAUAGAACAGAAGCUCUUCCAGAUUCCAGUCAGACGUCAUCCAGUACAAAACAAGUUACUUCAGGUGAUACACUGGAUGUCAAGGUAGUUACAGAAGGGAAGAUGACUGUUUACCAGAUUUUAGAGGUACUUGUAAGACACAAGAAGGACCCAGAAGAGUGGACAGCGGAGAAAGUGUCUCAGGACUUCAGUCUGGAGCUUGAACAUGCCCAGGGACUCUUGACUUACUUCAAAACAUUUGAGAUCAGAGCAAUUGGACAGAUACCAGAGGAGAUUAGAAAACAAAUCAACCCUGGUACAAAGGCUGCGCCUUGAAGGCAUGUCUACCCAGGAAAAAUUUGAAUGGGACUGUAGCUUUCUGUCUGACUUAGUAUGUUGAUGAUUGAUUGAUUGGUUGAUUGUUGUAGAAAUGUAUCUUUGUCGACUGCAAAUAAAGUUCAAAAGAAGUAUACAUGUAUGCUUAGUUUCAGCAUAUUAAAUGAUCUGUACUUUUCACAAAUGCAGUAAUGAUAAAUUGCUGCAAAAUGAUAGAGUAUUGAAUUGUUCUCUGGGUUUACAAUAUGAAUGUGGUGUAUAUGUACAUUUCAACUGAAUAUGUUGUCAAAGGAUAGAGUACGACCACCUUUAACUUUCAACUUAUAAUUGAUUACCACAUUUACCAGUACACAACUGUUUUUGUUUACAGGUCUGGUAUACAUACCUUUUUAAAGCCUGUCA